AUGCCUCCGACCACCGAACGAAAAACGUUCAUAGAAGAGGUUAAUUCUAUUGAUGACAAAGAAGUUUUGAGGCGAAUGCUCAUACAAAAAGAACAAGAGAAAGACGGCAUAGCGCAGAAUUUAGACAUGGCAGCACGUUUAGGCCUCGCAAUCUCGGGAAAAAACGAAGAACUUAAAAUUAAGUUGGAUCUAGCACAACAAGCCGAAGCACAAGCUUACAUGAAGCUUACCGCGCUGGAGGAGGAGAACCGUGUCCUGUUCUCAAAGGCUUCUCACAGCAAUGAGCUUGCCACCCAGCUAGCGGCCAGUGAGGAUCAAGUAAAGAUACUACGCGAACAUCGAGCAUUCCUACAGAAAGAGCUUGACACUGCUCGACGAGAACUAAAAAGGUUCCGGAAAGAACUUGAUAGUCUCUCGGGACAGAUGAAUGAUAUGGCCGAAGACAUGUGGGAGUCGCGCAAUAAAGUAAACACAUACGCCAAAAAACUUGUUGACGUGGAGCAACAUCUUGCUGACACGCAAGAAAUGAAUGUCAACCUAUCCAUACAGCUCGAAAAGUCCCUAAACUCCCAGAAAGUAUCUAGCGCAACAACUACGCAAAUCGUCAAGAUGAUCCAAGCUGACCUUGGAAGGGUUGUCCUCGAGAACGAACACCUGCGCGCCAGCAUAAAUGAAUUAGAGAAUCGACAAGUGAAAUGUGAAGGCAAGCUCAGUGAAAUGAUGGUAUCAGCUCAGGAAUACGCGCAUCUUUUGGAAGAGGCUCAAGACACCAUACAUUCAUUGAGUGAAACUCGUCUUGAAUCUGACAUCGAGAAUUUAGAUAUAUCACCUGCACGAAGCCGUGGACACGUAGAUCAGGUGACCACGAAGGAUUCUCCUCCACUGAAAGGGUCACCGUUUUCAACUGAGGUUGAACAACAACUGGAAAAGACCAUAGAGGAGAGACUCAUGUCCCAAAUGCCACGAGCCCACUUUAAUCAUGUUCCAAACACCUCUGUAGACGUGAAAAAAGCGGCAGCGGGUCUGAAAUAUUUGCUAUCUGCUCGUGAGGUAGAAGGAAAAGAUGUCGGGAAAGGAAAAAGUCCUGAAAGGCGACCAUUCGGUGGUGGAUACGUUUUACACUCUUACAACGUACGAAUCUGA